AUGAAGCGCGAUGGACGCAGCGCGCUGUCCAUCGGUCGUUUCAUCAACGCCCGCAAGUCGACGUACGACAAGCGGGCACGAAUCAAACAGUCGCGAGACGAGGCGGCGGCGAAAAAGGCAAAGUAUGAGAGAUUGCAAAAGAAGCUCGGGGAGAAGAUAGAACGGGACGAAGGGUUCGAUCCAGAGGCGUACGAGCGACGAUUGGCGGCGAUUGAUAACCCAGACCUCGCCCGAGAGGCGAAAGGGGCGAAGAGAGGGGACGAUGAGGACGAAGAUUUGGACGAAGACGCGAAGACGCGCGCCGCCGCCGCCGAAGACGACGAGGCGCCCGAGGAACAGCUCACGGUGAAAGGGAAGAAGAAGAAAUUUGAUUAUUUGAAAAAGGCUUGGGAGAAAGGCCAAGUCGAGCGCGCCGAGCGUGAGGCGCAGAGGAAAGUAUUUUUAGAAGAAAAAGCCGCACGAGACGCCGAGCUCAAAGCUCAACGCGUCAAGCGUCAGGACAAAAAGCAACUCAUGCGCAAGAAGACCAAGCGCGGGCAGCCAGUGAUGAAGCAUCGCGUACAGAGCAUUUUAGACAAGCUCCAAGCGGAGCAAAUGGGAUCGUGA